UGUUGGAAGCAAAGAGGCCACAUUUAUAUUGGACACCGUGUGCUGCUCAUUGCAUUGAUUUAAUUUUGGAAGAUAUUGGGAAGAUGCCUUCAAUUCAUGCGACUUUGAAAAGGGCAAUUUUUUUGAAUGGCUAUAUCUAUAACCGUGUUGGCGUUGUGAACUUGAUGAGACAGUUCACUGGAGGAAAGGAGUUACUAAGACCUACAGUUACAAGAUUUGCAACUGCCUUCAUCACCCUUCGUUUAAUCUACCUUCAAAAGAACAACUUGAGGAAGAUGUUUACUUCUGAAGAUUGGAAUACUACUAAAUGGGCAAAGGAGGCGGUUGGCAAAAGAGCAGCUACUAUUGUUUUGAUGCCUACUUUUUGGAGUACCAUCGUCUAUGCUCUUAAGUUAACAGGUCCACUUGUUUGUGUACUCCGUUUGGUUGAUGGGGAAAAGAAACUUGCAAUGGGAUACAUUUAUGAAGCAAUGGAUAGGGCUAAGGAAGCCAUAGCUAAGGCUUUUGGUGAGAGAGAGGAUAAAUUCAAGGAGGCAUUUGAAAUUAUUGAACCGAGGUGGGGAUGCCAACUCCAUCAACCGUUGCAUGCAGCUGCACACUACUUGAAUCUAGAAUUUUUCUAUUCAAACCCCAACAUUUUGCAAGAUGAAGAAAUUAUGACGGGUUUGUACAAAUGUAUUGCAAGGUUACUGCCAACCAUUGAAAUGCAAGAUAAAGUUUUAAAUGAGUUGGAAAAAUACAAUGCUGCUAGUGGCGUCUUUGGAAUUAGUUUGGCAGUGAGACAAAGGAAGACAAAAGCACCAGCGCAAUGGUGGAUGGCAUAUGGAUCAACAACUCCAAACUUGCAAAAGUUUGCUGUGAAAAUUCUUAGCCUCACGUGUAGUGCUACCGGCUGCGAAAGAAAUUGGAGCAUAUUCCAACAUCUUCAUGGCUAAAGGAGAAAUAGGCUAUCCCAGCAAUGCUUGAAUGAUUUGGUAUUUGUGAAAUAUAAUCGAACUCUGAGGCGUCGAUACGACAAACGUGACACCAUUGAUCCCAUCCUCCUAAAGAACAUUGAUGAUAGUAAUGAGUGGUUGAUUGGUAGUAUGGAUGACAAUUCUGAUGAGGAUGAUGAACUUGUGAUUGAAGAUGAUAAUUUGACUUGGGAUUCUAUUGCUAGAGCUGCUGGACUAAAUAACCCCCCGCAUCACACUAGAUCAAGAAUAAGUACAAAUAUGCCAUCAUCGUCUAGAGGAAGAGGAAGGGCUUCAUCUAGUAGUGCAACCAGUGCUAGGGGUUGGACCACAAUGUUGGAUGAGGAUGAAAUCCAAGUGGAUAGUGCAGAGGAGACGGAAGAGGAAAAAGAUGUUGGAGAAAACAGUUUUGAUGAUGAAGAGGAAGAUGAUGAUAUCUUCGCCGACAUAGUUGAUGAUGAGUGAUGAGUGAUGAUUGAGGAGGAUUUUUAGAUUUUAUACUUUGAAAUCCUUUAUUGUACUCUUUUCUUUUGAUGUUGAACUAUGUUAUAUUGUUGAUGCUUUUGGGCUUCGUCUUGGCAAUUUUAUUAAUUUUCCAAUUUUGUUA